AGUACACGUAUUUUCGUAUAUUUUCGUGUGGUUUCGGUACAGUUUGUUGUAAAGCAGCCAUUUCUCUUGCCUAUAUGUAAGGUCACAAAACAGGUGCUUCCGGUCUGUGUCAGAAAUCUGUUUUGAACGCCUUUGACUUAUCGUAUAUCGUCUGUGGUGUACAAGUAAAUCUAAACGCAGCUAAAUGUUAAUUUAUGACGACCGUUCACGCGGAAAUACAUUGCGACAACUUCUACAGCUUUGCGAAUAGUAACACGACGACGAGUAUAAUGCCGUUGGCGACUUUGACGGUUCCUUGGUCCGAUCAAAAGGUAAAUGAAAAGGACCCUGUAGACAUUCUUCCAGCUGAAUCUCAGGAGGAAGCAAUGAUUACACAGGAAAAUGCAGCUGGAUCACUUUCAAAUGGUUGCUCCGAGACACAUGAAAUCGAAGUACGAGAAGUGGUAAGAGAUGGUCACGAAAAGGCAGAUCCAUCUCAGUUCGAACUUCUCAAAGUUCUUGGUCAAGGCUCAUUUGGAAAGGUGUUCUUAGUGAGGAAAGUUGUUGGUAAAGAUAGUGGAACUGUUUAUGCCAUGAAAGUUCUCAAAAAGGCUACAUUAAAAGUACAGGACAGACUUAGAAUAAAAUUGGAGAGAAAUAUAUUGGUGGAUGUUGAGCAUCCAUUCAUAGUUCGGCUGCAUUAUGCAUUUCAAACAGAAGGCAAACUGUAUUUAAUUUUAGACUUUCUGAGAGGUGGUGAUCUGUUUUCAAGAUUAGCCAAAGAGGUAAUGUUUACUGAGGAUGAUGUAAAGUUUUAUUUAGCUGAACUUGCUCUUGCAUUGAGUCAUAUACAUAAGCUUGGAAUUAUUUACAGAGAUCUCAAACCAGAAAACAUUCUGUUGGAUACUGAAGGCCAUAUAUCUUUAACUGACUUUGGUCUAUGUAAGCAGUCUUUAGAUGAUUCUAAGACAUAUUCCUUUUGCGGUACCAUGGAAUACAUGGCACCGGAAGUUGUUAAUCGAAAAGGGCAUUCACUUGUCGCUGAUUGGUGGAGCUUCGGUGUUCUUAUGUUUGAGAUGUUAACUGGAGUUCUUCCAUUCCAAGGCGUUAAUCGCAUGGAAACAAUGACACAAAUAUUAAAGGCAAAGCUUACUAUGCCACCAAACAUUUCCCCAGAAGCGCAAGCGCUUCUCAGAGUACUCUUCAAGAGAAAACCUGCAAACAGAAUUGGAUCUGGUGGAGUAGAAGAAAUCAAAAGCCAUAAGUUCUUCGCGACAAUCGAUUGGGAUGCCCUGUAUAUGAAAGAAAUUAAACCUCCUUUUAAACCAGCCGUUAGUCAAGAUGACAAUGCAUUUUAUUUUGAUACUGAAUUUACAUGUAAAACGCCUAAAGAUUCGCCUGGAGUGCCGGCAAGUGCUAAUGCCCACGAAUUGUUUCGCGGCUUUAGCUUCGUCGCGCCGUGCCUUCUCGAGGAUCACAAUAAAGCACCCGAAUACAAAAAGUGUGAUAGUCUCAACGCAAUGUUUCCGACUUACGUGAGUCCCAUCUAUGUAACCGACGAGUACGAAUUUAAGCAAGAAAUUGGUAAAGGAAGUUACAGUACGGUCUAUUUAGCUGUUCAUAAGGCGACCAAAAUCGAGUAUGCAGUAAAGGUAAUUGACAAGUCGAAAAGAGAUCCAACGGAAGAAGUAGAAAUUUUGCUUCGGUAUGGAAGACAUCCGCAUAUUGUAACGUUACGAGCUGUCCAUGAAGACGAUAAACGAGCUUAUCUCGUGUUAGAACUGUUGAGAGGUGGGGAACUACUCGAUCGUUUAUUGCAGAGACGUAAUAUUACAGAAAGAGAAGCUGCCGAAGUGAUGUACACAAUUACUAGUGUAGUUCAUUAUCUGCAUGAAAAUGGGGUGGUCCAUCGGGAUCUAAAACCAUCUAAUAUAUUAUACUCAAAACCGGGAGCCGAUCCCACGACACUUUGCUUAUGCGAUCUCGGGUUUGCGAAACAAUUGAGAGCCGAAAAUGGUUUAUUAAUGACCCCCUGUUACACAGCAAACUUUGUAGCACCGGAAGUGUUGAAACGUCAAGGAUAUGACGCGGCAUGCGACAUUUGGUCACUUGGUGUUCUAUUAUACAUAAUGUUGGCUGGAUAUACUCCAUUUCGCAAUAGCCCAGGGGAUAGUGCCACUGACAUAUUAGAUCGUAUCGGGCCUGGUCACAUCGACACUGAAACUGGUAUAUGGUGUCAAAUUUCAAUCGAGGCUAAAGAAUUGGUGAAAAGAAUGUUACACGUAGAUCCUAAUCGAAGGCCUACCGCAGCUUCCAUUUUAAAGUAUCCGUGGAUUACCAAUCGCCAUCGUCUUCCUCAGAAACUGUUAUCGCACACAGCUAGGGAUCCACAUAGCUUAAAAAGAGCAGUAACGGAAGCGUAUAAAGCAAUGUCUAAUAGUCCAAGAUCUCCUCAUAUUGGCCCGGUUGUUAUGUCCGACCUAGCUCGUCGAAGAACGCAAGCUAAACCGUCGGGUCCUACCGAAGUUUAAAAAAAAAUAUUAUCCAUUCUACACGAGUGAAAGUUUCAGAGUAGGACAGUAUCGAAUAAGGAUCUAACAAGGGAACCGUACGAUACGUUAUACACCAAUUUUGAUAAAACUUUGUGAAUUAGGAUGUCCGCGAUAUGAUUCCCAUUGUUAUGUAUUUCCGUUGAGUUUCAUCAAAACGUAACACAUUCUGCGGUUCCCUUGUAAGUUCGAAGAAAUCUGCCACGCACAC